AUGCCGAGGUACCCAGGCAGCCGCAGCUCCAGAGGGCUGAGCGCAAGACAGUCAGGAGCUCCAGCCUCAGGCGUAAAGCGGGAACACCUGAGUCCGCCCUCUGCCCUGCUGACGGGGCGGAGCUGUAGCCGUCGCUGCCACCAGCAGACGCUGGGCCGUUGCCGCGGCGCACCUGCCCCAGACCUAGGACGGAGUGCUCCACGCAUCGUGGACCCGCUGGGACCGCGGCGGGUGGGUCCGACAGGAACUGGUUCGGAGCCGCUAGCUACCCGCGCCUCCCGGAAGCUGGAGCCCGUCCUCCUCCCGUCCGCUUGGACCUUGGAAGUGGGAGCAGGGACAGGGAACAAGGCCGCUCCGCCGGACGUGCGCAGGGGCGUCCAGCAGCCUUCCUUCGUAGGGGCGCGCGGACCGAGCAAAGAGCUAGAACCAGGUGACUCUGUCCGCCAGUGGCAUCAGUGUGCUGGUGGCUGGUGGGCCUUUCCAGGUUAUGGCCUGUCCAGAGUGGGGCCUGGUCACGGGGAGGCAGCAGUGAGUAUGGUGUAUGCAUGUGGCUUCUGGAAAGAGUCCUCUGACCAGCUUCGAAGGAACCUCCCGUUCCUGUGGAAACUCUGCCCAGCCAAACCUGGGGCUGGAGGUGUCUGUAAUGGGAACCCCAAUUUCAUCUCCCCGGCCGGAGACCAGGUCCUGAGGCCUGUUCUGCACACGGCAGUCACUCUGAACUGCACGGCUUGGGUGGAGUCUGCGGUCCCCUGCCUCCCACCUGCAGUGCACUGGCUGAAAGAUGGGCUACCACUGGGCAAUGGAAGUCACCACAGCAUCCAGGAAAACUCCUGGGUCAGGUCCAGCUUGUCAGAAGUGUUUAUGUUCAGUGUCCUGGAGGUCAACCUGACCGGUGCCCAGGACUAUGGCGUCUACACCUGCUCUGUCCACAACGUCAGCUCCGCCUCCUUUACUCUGUGGAGAGCAGGGCCACCUGGCCACGUGGCCGCGGUGCUGGCUUCUUUCCUGGUUCUGCUGGUGCUGCUGCUGGCCGCACUGCUUUACGUAAAGUGCCGCCUCAAUGUGUUGCUCUGGUACCAGGACACUUACGGCGAGGUGGAAAUGAACGACGGAAAGCUCUACGAUGCCUACGUGUCCUACAGUGACUGCCCAGAGGACCGCAAGUUCGUCAACUUCAUCCUGAAGCCGCAGCUGGAGCGGCAUCGGGGCUACAAGCUCUUUCUAGAUGACGGCGACCUCCUACCCCGCGCGGAGCCCUCGGCUGAUCUCCUGGUGAACCUGAGCCGCUGUCGACGCCUCAUUGUCGUACUGUCCGACGCCUUUCUGGGCCAGGCCUGGUGCAGCCACAGCUUCCGGGAGGGACUGUGUCGGUUGCUGGAGCUCACCCGCAGACCCAUCUUCAUCACCUUCGAGGGCCAGAGGCGUGAGCCUGCACACCCCGCGCUUCACCUGCUGCGCCAGCAUCGCCACUUAGUGACCUUGGUGCUCUGGAAACCCGGCUCCGUGACGCCUUCUUCCGAAUUUUGGAAAGAGCUGCGGCUGGCGCUCCCGCGGAAGGUGAGGUACAGGACAGUGGAAGGGGACCCACAAACCCAGCUUCAGGACGACAAGGACCCCAUGUUGAUAGUCAGAGGCAACGUCCCGGAGGUUCGGACUCUGGACCCUGAAUUGGACCCGGACCCUGAAGGAGACUUGGGUGUCCGAGGGCCUAUCUUUGGGGAGCCCACAGUUCUGCCCUAUGCAAGCGGGGUCGCGCUGGGAGAGGGCCGGAGCUGCGAGGUGGACAUAUCCGAUCUUGGCUCCCGGAACUACAAUGCCCGCACUGACUUCUACUGCCUGGUUUCGGAGGAAGAUGUGUAG